UCUCUCUCUCUCUCUCUCCGCAGCUUCUUCAAGUUCAAGUUGAAGCUCAAGCUCACGGUCUGAUCUCUUCUUCAAAAAACAGAGAAGAAGAACAGCCCAGAAUCUGCAUCCCCCCCCCCUUUGAAUCUCUUUCUCUUAUCCGCAAUGAGUAAAAUCUCUGUCUUCCUUUGACUCUCUCACCUCUGAACCUUUCGAAAGUUCCCAUCUUUGUAGUUCAUCCCUUCUCUUUUUGAUUCCGAUGAACCGAAGUUCGUUCAUUUCUUCAUCGAUCAAAUGUACAAAUCCCUUUCACCCGAUUCAGCCCCUUGUGUUUUAUUGGAUAAUCUGAGGUUUAUUUAUAUCUCCCUUAUGCUUAAAGCAUUCGAAAGCUUUCAAUCCAAGUCCUUCCUCUCGAACAGCUCUUUCGCUUUCAGCAAGUAACCUCGUCCCCCAAUUGGAUCUUUGUUGUCAAGGUUGAAUGUACUUUAGCUGUAUUUUGAUACUAACUUGAGCAUUUAACCGAGUACAUACUCGAUGGCUUGAAGACUGAAGUUUCCACAGUUCGGACAGAAAGCCCCUCUCUCAUCCCCAGCUGCCCCCCCUACCCACCCACCCCAAACAAGAACGUCCGAUCCCCCCCUUAAAUUUGGUACUUUGUUUGUAUAAGAUUGAUUGAAUUGGGCUUCUUAUGGUUCUCAGUUUUUGGGGUUUUCUGAUAUAACUAGCAAGUUACCAGCUUUUCCUCAAGAAUAUGAGGAAGAAUGCGAACUCCCAUGCUGCGAGAGCAUUUAGUGAUAGAAAAUGGAUAGUCCCCUUCUUUGCAAGCUUGCUCGUAUCGGUUACUCUAUUUCUGUCGUGGAUUUUUGGGCUUUUCAGCUCGCCUUACAGUGGAGAUGAGCUGCAGUUUGAUACCAUUUCAUUCAUUAAAUCCGAGGAUUCAGGUGGGCUGUUUAUAGAAUCAGAGUUGGAGAAAGAAGUAGAUACUAAUGAGCAUUCGGGUUGGGAGCCGCCUAGAUUAGCCUAUCUUAUUUCGGGCACGAAAGGGGACAGUCAGAGGAUGAUGAGAACAUUACAGGCUGUAUAUCAUCCUAGGAACCAGUAUAUUCUUCAUCUGGAUCUCGAGGCCCCGCCUCGGGAAAGAUUGGAUUUGACCCAGUCGGUUAAGAGUGACCCAACUUUUCGGGAAGUGGAGAAUGUGAGAGUAAUGGCUCAAUCGAAUUUAGUCACCUAUAAGGGGCCUACGAUGAUUGCCUGCACCCUCCAAGCCAUUGCAAUUAUGUUGAAGGAGAGCUUGGAGUGGGAUUGGUUUAUCAAUCUCAGUGCUUCAGACUAUCCUCUUGUCACUCAGGACGAUCUGCUUUAUGCUUUCGCCAAUAUAUCCAGAAGUCUUAACUUUAUCGAACAUUCUCAGAUUUCUGGGUGGAAAUUGAGCCAUAGGGCAAAGUCCAUAAUUAUCGAUCCUGGUUUGUAUCUAUCCAAAAAAACUGAUAUAUCUUGGACAACUCAACGGCGGUCACUUCCUACUUCUUUCAAGCUGUAUACAGGGUCGGCAUGGGUGAUGCUGAGCCGUUCGUUUCUCGAGUAUUGCAUAUGGGGGGUGGACAACCUUCCUCGUACCAUCCUAAUGUACUAUGCGAACUUCGUGUCCUCACCAGAGGGCUACUUCCACACAGUUAUUUGCAGUGCUGAGAAAUAUCGCAGGACCGCCAUAAGUCAUGACCUUCACUACAUUGCCUGGGACAAUCCCCCAAAGCAGCAUCCCCGCUAUUUAUCUAUUCAGGACUUCGAUAAAAUGCUUAAAAGCAAUUCCCCCUUUGCUCGAAAAUUUCCCAAAGACGACCCGGCACUGGACAAGAUUGAUAAGGAGCUCUUGGGCCGAACUGGCCGGUUUGCUCCUGGGGCUUGGUGUGUUGGGAGUGCGGAUGGUGGGAUGGAUCCAUGUUCAGUCCGGGGUGAUGAUUCGUUAUUCCGGCCUGGGCCUGGCGCUGAGAGACUGCAGGAGCUGCUUCAGAGCCUAUUAUCUGAAGAGUUCCAAAGCAAGCAGUGCUCUUAAAAGGGGGGAAAGGGUAGAACACGUGUAUGUACAUUGGUGUAUUCAUAGGAUGUCACGCAUUUCAGCUGUAAAACAACAAAAUUUUGUCCAUCUAAUUAAUGAAGCUGCAAAUGUCCUUUUCCUGCACCAAA